UGGGCGCCCAGGUUGGUGAGUGAACGCCCUGCAGAUUAUGUCAGAUUGCGUGCAGAAACCAAACCAGCCCAGCCUUUGAACUUCACCGCUUUUGGCUCGUAUUCACGCUCUUCCGCUCAUUUCCAAGCCAGGUGCUUGACGACGAACCUCACAGAGAGAGAGAAAGUCGUGACAGAGGAGGGGACGGAAAAAAAAGUAAAUGUUAUUAUUAAUCCUGAUAAUAAUAAUAAGGCUGGAGACUUUUUUGAUGACCCCUGCAAACCGAAUGCGGAGCGUCGCUUUCACCUUGGUGGAUUUUUUCAACCUGCGCGCAUCUUGCAUGCGUGUUUUCCUCCACGCCGCAGGUCUGACAGAGUUUUAAGCGGACUGCAGAGAUCGCGCUUCAGCGUUUCACUUCAGGAAGAACUGAACGGGCGCUGGAUCUUUCUUUACUUUUCCUCUCCGGUUCGUUUUUGAUUUUCCCAGGCGCUGAACAUCCUGGCAUGACCGAUACUUGGCAUUUACGCAGGUGAAGUUUGAAGAUGUCGAAGCCCGCUGAUCACAUCAAGAGACCCAUGAACGCGUUCAUGGUCUGGUCCAGGGGCCAGCGGAGGAAAAUGGCUCAGGAGAACCCCAAGAUGCACAACUCAGAGAUCAGCAAAAGGCUGGGCGCGGAGUGGAAGCUGCUGUCCGAGUCUGAGAAGAGACCGUACAUCGAUGAGGCCAAGAGGCUGAGGGCGCAACACAUGAAGGAGCAUCCAGACUACAAGUACCGACCCAGGCGCAAACCCAAAAACCUGCUGAAGAAGGACCGCUACGUCUUCCCCCUGCCUUACCUCGGAGACACCGACCACCUGAAGGGACUGCCCGUGUCGGCCGCUGACUCCCUCCUGGGCUCCUCGGAGAAAGCCCGGGCGUUCCUGCCCCCCACCUCCGCCCCCUACUCUUUCCUCGACCCGAGCCAGUUCAGCUCCAGCGCCAUCCAGAAGAUGACCCAGGAGAUGCCCCACACGUUGAGCACCAGCACUUUGCCCUACGCCUCCUCGCUGGGAUACCAGAACGGCGCGUUCGGGACCCUCGGGUGCCCCAGCCAGCACACCCACACCCACCCGUCGCCCACGAACCCGGGCUACGUCGUGCCGUGCAACUGCACGGCCUGGUCGGCGUCAAGUUUACAGCCCCCCGUGGCUUACAUACUGUUUCCAGGUAUGACCAAGACUGGGAUAGACCCCUACUCAUCCGCACACGCCACUGCCAUGUAACCCCCCCACCUUAAAGACUCUCACCCUGUUUUUAAAGUCAUUUGAAUACAGAGAUGCAUGUAAAUAAAACAGCGCGGCCCGUUAGAAGGCAUGAUCGGUGUUAUCUGAA